ACAUUCACACCCUCAAAGGACGAGAGAGAGGGAAGAAAAAAAAAAAGGAAAGGAAACGGUAAGCGUUUUAGGCCGCGAAGUAGCGUUGAAGUUAGAUAAGAAAAGCAAUUCACAGUGGCAGUUUGAACUUGUAUCUGUAUGCCGUCUAUUGCGAAACACAGUUUCAUCAGACACAUUCCCAUUUCAAACAAUAAUCACUCACGCCGCCGAUUAUUCUUCUUUCACUGUCAAAAUUCCAUGGAUAUUAACCAAACUGAAAGAGAUACUCAUCACGUCCAUUACAACCACACCGAUCCCUCCAAAUUCGCCAGAUGGAACGCUAGAGAAAGCUUCGAAUUCAUGUACGCAAGACCUUGGCAACGAGUCAAUGAUUUUUACUUGAAUACUGUCCGUGCCAACUCCUCUUUACACCUUCUAUUUCAAUCCCAGACCCUUCCUGAUCACGACGAUUCUGGAGUUCCAGAAAUUUCUGAUCAGAAUGAGUUGGAAUGUGGUGUAUCCAAAGAUCGCAGUGGGAAGUGGGCAAGAUUUAAUUUCAAAAUUGUUCUUUCGUAUCAUGGGGGUUCUUUUGAUGGGUGGCAAAAGCAGCCAAGCUUAUACACUGUUCAAAGCAUAGUAGAAGCGUCACUUGGUAAAUUUGUUGAUGAAAACAAAACUCAACUGCUAAAGGACAAAGGUUUGCCUAUUGAAGGUUGUGCCGCUGUUGCUGGUCGAACAGACAAAGGAGUGACAGCCCUUCAUCAAGUUUGUUCUUUCUACACUUGGAAGAAGGAUAUUAAACCAAGAGAAAUUGAAGAUGCAAUAAAUGACGCAGCACCAGGAAAAUUAAGAGUUGUAUCUGUAUAUGAGGUAUCACGUGCCUUUCAUCCGAACUUCUCUGCCAAAUGGAGGCGUUACCUUUAUAUUUUCCCACUCACUGAUGGAUGGGAUAAGAACCAAAGCCGUGGAAAUGGGGAGUCUUGUGAAAGUUUUACAUAUAAUGAAAUUUGUGAUUCUGUCAGCAAGGAUGAGUUAGGAAAUGAAAAGAAAUCAUAUGUGUUCAGUGUACGGAAGGUGAACCGGCUUUUGCAACAACUAGAAGGAAAAUUACUGUCCUACAAGAUGUUUGCCCGUGAUACAAAAGCUUCAAGAAAUGAUGGUCCACCAACAGAGUGUUUUGUUCACCAUGCUCGAGCUAUGGAAGCCAGAUUGCCUAUAACUGAAAAUGGAGAAGAAACAAAGGUUAUGUGCAUCGAGUUAGUAGCUAAUCGCUUUUUACGCAAGAUGGUUCGUGUGCUUGUGGCAACCACAAUUAGAGAAGCUGCAGCUGGUGCUGAAGAUGAUGCCUUGCUAAAGCUUAUGGAUGCCACAUGUAGGCGUGCCACUGCUCCUCCAGCACCUCCUGAUGGCCUAUGUCUAGUUGAUGUUGGGUAUGUAGAAUUUGACCGGGAAAAAUGUUUCAUCAUGGAAGACUAGAGGUUUGUUAAUUGUUAGUUGUAGAAAAGCAAAUUUCUAUGAAGAGAUCAUUUUUUAGAAUGAUUCUAAACUCUAAAGGGUCAAUAUUAAAAGAUCAAACAUUGAGGGGGCAAAGUGAAAGCAGUUGCAUGUGUGAAGGAUAAAAUUAUCAGGUGAUCGAAAUGACAGUAAUCACAUAUGUGAAAAACAAUCUGUGCUUAAAAAAAGGGGGAAAACUAAAAUCACAUUGCUCUUAAACUAACCUUAGUGCAGGGGAGAAACCGGAAGGGGAGCAAUUUGGGUCCCCUAUAAUUGUGCAGGCGCCAAUCUAAACUAUUGGAUCAAGAUUGGACAGCCCAUGUUCUGACUUGUAUUUUGGACUCUUCAUGCAAAAUUGGGAGGAAACAUUGCAGAUCUGUUGUUCAGUAUUGAACAAUUUAGGUUGUGUGACUGUAUCAAAUUCAUGAUUCAUUUGUUGGAGGGAUUUCAGAUCUGAAUUCUCUCUUUAAUUUGUGUAUUGACUUAACUUUUCUCAUUUUCUUUAUUUAUCAAAUCAAACACAGGCACACAUCCUUAAAUGUUA